ACUGUCCUGCGGGUUUCAUACGAGAGAGAGGGAGAGAGAGAGGAAGAUAAUUGUUUAAUUUAAUGCAAAUUCAUAGAUUUAACGAUUUAAUCAAAUAAACAGCCUACAUUUCGAAUGACGAACCGUUUAUGAUAUGCAAUAACAAACACCCUGGAAGAGCCCCAGUAAAUGGAAACAGGGUAAACUCGCGGUUAAACCUUCAAUGUUUUCCAGACUACCAAGAAUUCCAUCCGUUUCUCUCUCUCUCUAGAAUUGGUGGGGGUUGCUUGUUUAAGCCAAUUGGCAGAGAGCAACGCUAAUGUCAUAUCGGUGUUGGUCGUGAGCUGAGAUCAUUACGAACCGGAGAUACGGUGACAUUCGUAGGUGAACUUUACAAAGUAGACCCUUCACUCGUUUUGCCUACAACAUGCAGUCGCCAACAUUUGGACGAAUCUAACCGCUCAAGUUCGGGACAAGUCUACCGGACAGCGGUGCGCUUUCUGGACAUUUCAUCCUAUGCCAAUGCGACGUAACGUGAAUCGUUUCUACAACUCAAGGAAUAUUGGUUCUGAACUCUUUGGGGUAGAAGGCGUGGUGUGUCAUGAACCCGGAGAGUGCGUGUGGUUACCAGGUCGGGGUGCGGGGCCCACGGUCUGUGAUGGAACAGAAGGUCAAAAGUCGACUGAACUAUGGCUUCCAGAGGAGCUCCACGUCAGACGACGACUCCGGAUGUGCACUGGAAGAGUAUGCCUGGGUGCCGCCCGGCCUCAGACCCGAACAGGUCCAGCUGUAUUUCUCCUGUCUGCCAGAGGACAAGGUCCCUUAUGUUAACAGUCCCGGAGAGAAGUUCAGAAUCAAACAACUCCUGUAUCAACUGCCUCCACAUGACAAUGAGGUGCGGUACUGCCAGUCUCUCAGUGAGGAGGAGAAGAAGGAGCUCCACAUGUUCAGUGUCCAGAGGAAGAAGGAGGCACUGGGGAGGGGCUCCCUCAAACUGUUGCCCCGGGCCCUGCUACACAGUGUCUGUGAACAUUGUGGGGAGAGCGUCAACGGUGGAGAAAUGGCGGUGUUUGCCUCCAGAGCGGGUCCUGGGCUGGUCUGGCACCCAGCAUGCUUUGCGUGCUCCAUGUGUAGCGAACUUCUGGUGGACCUCAUCUACUUCUACCAGGACGGAAAGAUCCACUGUGGCCGACACCACGCUGAACUGCUCAAACCACGUUGCUCAGCCUGCGACGAGGUUAUCUUCUCUGAUGAGUGCACAGAGGCGGAGGGGCGUCAUUGGCACAUGAAGCACUUCUCCUGUUUCGAGUGUGAGACUGUGCUGGGGGGACAGCGCUAUAUCAUGAAGGACGGGCGGCCAUAUUGCUGCGGCUGCUUCGGCUCGCUCUUCGCCGAGUACUGCGAGGCCUGCAGAGAACACAUCGGGGUGGACAAUCCCCAGAUGACGUAUGACGGUCUCCACUGGCAUGCCACCGAGGGUUGUUUCUGCUGUGCCCAGUGUAAGAGCUCUCUACUGGGCUGUCCCUUCCUGCCCAAGCAGGGCCGCAUUUACUGCUCCAAGGCCUGCAGUCUGGGAGAGGAUGUCCACACCUCGGACUCCUCCGACUCCGCCUUCCAGUCUGCUCGCUCCCGCGAAUCCCGCCGCAGCGUCCGCAUGGGCAAGAGCAGCCGCUCGGCUGACCAGUGCCGCCAGUCACUCCUCUUCUCGCCCUCCGUCAACUACAAGUUCCCUGGGUUCACCGGUGAUUCCGGCAACACAGACACCCUCACCAACAAGCUGGCCCACCUGGGUAUAACCAACGAGGAGCAAUUUUGGAAGGGGAGGGAGGGCACUGAGGCCCCCGAGGACCGGGAGGAAGAGGAGUGGGCCGAGCACGAGGACUACAUGACACAGCUGCUGCUCAAGUUUGGGGAGCAAGGUGUCUUCCAGCAGGGUGAGACAGUCGACUCCAGACCCCCAACAGAUCUGUGGAUGACCGAGGCAGAGGUCAAGAUGAAACAGUGUGAGCCUCAGGGCUCAAGGGCUGGGAGAGGUGGAGGAGGGUCAGGCAGCCAAAGCCUGGCCAGUAAGAAGUACCAGGCAGAUAUGUACUGGGCUCAGUCCCAGGAUGGGUUAGGAGAUUCAGCCUACGGUAGCCACCCAGGCCCUGCUAGUAGCAGAAAGCUCCAGGAGCUGGAGAUGGAGCACAGAGCUGGUAGCAUCGGGGAUAAAGGCUUCCAGAGGGAGGAAAAUCAGUGGUAUGAUGACUCUCUGGAGUGUAUCACAGAUGGCCUGAAACAGACGGAUCAGAGCGUCAGGGACUCGAUGGACUCACUGGCACUGUCCAACAUUACCGCGGCAUCAGUAAACGGAGACAGUAAAGAGCGCCCUCUGGUCUACUCCUUACAAAACUUCCAGGAGCUUGAGGCAGAGAACUGUGAGAACACAAGCAACAUGGGAACUCUCAAUUCCUCCACGUUACACUGCAGUGCCAAUUCCCUGAAGAGCCUUACAUCCGAGCUGGAGCAGGUGGAGGAGAAUGUACCAGAGGAAGAGGCGGCUCCUCUUCCCUCUCCCCCAAAGCCACCUCACGUCCCGGAGUUGAGGAGGACUCGCUCCCAGUCCCGACCCCAACAGGUCAAGUUCUCCCCAGACGUCAUUGACAACAGUCACUAUGGUGACCUGCCAGUGCGCCAGCCCCCCAUGAGCGAGCGGACGCGGCGGCGUGCCUAUCACUUUGAAGAGCAGGACCCGGAGCUUCUUGGUUCAAGCUCCGGCCGCCAUCACAACCACCACCAUCACCACAGGAGGCGCCGCAGCCGCAAGUCCCGCUCCGACAACGCUCUCCACCUGGUGCCCAAGGAGAGGGCCAACCGCAUGUACUUCAGAGAGGACCAUAGAAGCCACAGCCACAAGGGUCCCCAGCAGCAGACCUUCCUGCCCAACCAGCAGAGGUAUGGCCAGGGCCAACCUGGUCACCCCCAUCCCCACCACACCACCUCAGAUUACGGGCUCCAGCAGGGCCCAGCCAUGGAGAGGUUCCUGGGGAUGUGUGGGGACAGGGGCGAGGAUGACUGGUGCUCCACCUGCUCGUCUUCUUCCUCAGAGUCUGAGUCUGAGGAGGAAGGCUUUUUCCUGGGGCAGCCCAUCCCCCAGCCACACAGACACUACUAUGAUAACCUGCCCAGCCCUAGCCACGUGGCAGGCCUGCCCUCCCCGCCUUACGGGGGAGUCCCGCGGACUAAGUCCAAAAAAAAGAAGGGGCACAAAGGGAAAAACUGUAUAAUUUCAUAAUACUUUCCUGUGGAGUACCCUUUUAAAUUAUACUCCGUCUGCAUUGCAACCCCCCUCUAGAUCUCUCGUUGCCACUGUUCGGAAUAUGGAAAUGGCCUGCCUGCUUGCAACAAAAUGCCCAAAUUCUUUUGCCAAUUGGUUGUACUACAUGUCUUCUCGAGACAGAUGACAAAAAACAGACAUGUUUGUCAGUGGAAUGGCAUUGAAAGACUAAACAGAUUGCUUUUUUUUUUUAAACCAUUACUUAAGUAGGCAAGUCAGUUAAGAACAAAUGCUCAUUUACAAUGAUGGCCAAACCCUAACAAUGCUGGGCCAAUUGUGCACCGCACUAUGGGACUCCCAAUCACGUCCGGUUGUGAUACAGCCUGGAAUCAAACCAAGGUCUGUAGUGACGCCUUUAGCACUGGAGAUGCAGUGCCUUGGACCGCGGCACCACUCGGGAGCCACAGUUAUUAAAGGAUCUACUAUUUUGCUAACCGGGGUAUUAAAAAUGAUAGGUUCUGCCAGCAAAGGUAUUAUAGAAUACAGUAUGAUGACAUCCGCUAUUUCCAUGUAUGUGCUUCUUUUGUAUUUAGGCUUACCAGUAUGCAUUUGCAGCCCUGACAAGUGGGGAUAGCAUAUGUACUAUAAAGGGCCUGGUUGGGUUGACUAUUUUAUUUAUGGGUCAUAUUAUAUUGUAAACAGAGCACAGUCAUCUGUAUAAAUGUAAAAACUGGAAUAUAAAAGGCUAAGAUAAUAAUUGUAAUAAAAAAAACAUAACAUGU